UUUUUUAAAGAGCUGGCUUCCCAGUGUUCUUGCCAGCAUUUUGCCCCGGCUGAAGGCACGUUGGCGCCCGCCCAGUGACACAGACAUCCCGCCACUAGCUGCCGUACAACAUGGCGGCGCCCGCCGCCCACUCCUACCGCCGGCACAGAGGAAGCGUCCGCCACUCUAAGGCUCCCGGCCAUGAUGAAAUCCCACAAUGCCAUUUUGAGAGGUUGAGGUGAAGGGGGAGAAAAGGGCAAUAAAAAAUGGCCAAGCAAACAACCGUGACGAUUACUUUGGCGACCCUGCUGGGUGUUGCACUGGGGGGCCUGGUCUUGUGGAAAGCGACCCAGCGUCGGAAAGGAAAAACACACUGUAGUAGUCAGCAAGAGGAAGCAACAGUGAAGUCUGGAGAUGAGAAACUAAUUAAGGCAGAGGAUAAGAAGGUGCUUUCCUUCUUCAAAUCUCCCACCUUUUUCUGGUUAGAGAGGACCCUUGGUGCAGACAUAGUAAUAGUUUCAGAGCAGGAGGAGUGGGAUCAUGUUGAGCCAUUGCUGAAGAAGGAGCUGGAGAAGUGGCCGGUUCUUGGAAUUGACUGUGAGUGGGUAUCUGUGGAGGGAAAAGCAAGUCCUGUAUCCCUGUUACAGAUGGCUUCUUCCAGUGGCCUCUGCAUUCUUGUUCGGUUGCCCAGGCUUGUUGCCAGUGGCCAGACUCUUCCAAAGACCCUGUUGGACAUCAUGGCAGAUAGUGCUGUGUUGAAAGUUGGAGUAGGAUGCUGGGAAGAUGCUUGCAAAUUGCUUCAUGAUUAUGGCCUUCCAGUCAAAGGGAGCAUGGAUCUCCGGUAUUUAGCCAUGAGACAGCGGAAGGAUCUACUUCACAACUGCCUUAGCCUUAAGUCUUUAGCAGAAAAAGUCCUGAACUUCCCACUUGACAAGUCUCCUCAUGUGCGUUGCAGCAACUGGGAAGCAGAAGAACUGACACAAGAUCAGGUUCUCUAUGCUGCUAGGGAUGCCCAGGUCUCAGUGGCUCUGUUCUUUCAUUUGCUGGGAUUUGCCAGCCUCCCUGAUACAUCUGAAGGUGAAAACUCUCUCACUAAUUGGGAGAAAGUACAGGGUAAAUGCCAGGGCUUGGUGGAUAUCCCAUUUAGAGGAAGGAAGAGUGGCAGCACAGGAGAGGAGAAGAGUGGAGAGGUACGUUCCCCUCAGAAAACAAAGAAUCGGAAAUCUUGGGUGAAUGGCCAGCCCCCUGGCAAUCAGCAAAUGAGAGAUCCACGGAGACAGAAGCGAAAGCCUCUGGGUGUGGGAUAUUCUGCACGAAAAUCUCCAUUGUAUGACAACUGCUUCCUGCAUGCACCAGAUGGACAGCCCCUGUGCACUUGUGAUCGCAAGAAGGCUCAGUGGUAUUUGGACAAGGGGAUUGGAGAGCUAGUUAGCACAGAUCCUUUUGUUGUGAAGCUGCGGUUUGAGCCUUCAGGACGUCCUGAAUCUCAAGUUGAUUAUUAUCUGACAGUCAAGGAAAACCUCUGUGUUGUGUGUGGCAAGCGAGAAUCCUAUAUCCGGAAGAAUGUUGUUCCUCACGAAUACCGAAGACACUUCCCCAUCCAGAUGAAGGACCACAACUCUCAUGACGUGCUUUUGCUCUGCACAUCCUGCCAUGCCAUCUCCAAUUACUAUGACAACCACCUCAAGCAGCAGCUGGCCCAGGAGUUCGGGGCUCCGAUCGGCUCCGAGGAAGGCGUGCGUCUCCUGGAGGACCCUCUGCGCAGGCAAGUGCGCUCGGGGGCGCGAGCCCUGCUGAAUGCAGACAGCCUGCCUGACCCCCGAAGGGCAGAGCUGCUGCAAAGCAUCAAGGACUUCUAUAACACAGACACAGUCACUCCAGAGAUGCUCCAGGCAGCAGCUGGUCUGGAAACCAGGAUCUGCAAUGAGAGCUACGUGCCACAUGGGCUGAAGGUGGUGCAGUGUUGUGCUAAAGGAGGCCUGCGCUCUCUUAUGCAGCUGGAAAGACGCUGGCGGCAGCAUUUCUUGGACAGCAUGAAGCCCAAACACCUCCCAGAGCAAUGGUCAGUGGACCAUAACCAUGUGAAGUUGAUCCAAAAAUAUGGGGAGGAUCUUCAGAUCAAGCUGUCAUGAAACUAACUUCCUGGACUCUGGAUAUUGUCUAAUGGACAUCUGUAACUGAAGAUGGAAAGACAGUUUCUAUUUCUAUGUCUACACUAACAUCUGGGGCCUGGGUUUGCAAAAGGGGAGCAGUAGAUCUGCCAGAUUUUCCAGUUAGAGUUAAAUUUGACAGUUUAUAGAGUUAAAUCCCUUGACCUGAACUUUCAGGUUUGGAAGUUUAAUCCUAGUUUGUCACUUACUAGUUUGGUGCAAGAGUGAUAAGGGAACUUGUCUUCUCAGAGUGACUGUGAAGAAACAUUUUCUAGCCCCCAGGAUGUCUGAUGCUUUCAUACCAUCUCUCAUAAUAAAGUGAGUCCAGAGAAAGGCAACAAAAGCACAAUAGAUGAAUGUUUCUAGAUGUUCUGACAUGUAUUUGUGCCCUUGACUUUGCCUUGAGAGUCUUUAUCUUGAGGGUCUUCUUGAUAAAAAUCUUUCCUUCUUUUCAGUGCAGUUGUACUUACAAGAGUUCUUCCUAGAGAAGACCUCCUGCCAGAGAGAGAUUCCUUGUUUGGAAGAAGUGAAGAAACCUUAUUUUUUGCAGAUUCUGAGCUGUCCCAGCAUUGCAGAUAGGUCUCAGCAAGUUUCCUGGUAGCAGGUGCCUGAUGAGAAGUGACACUCUGGCAGUAUGGAAAUACCCAUGCCAAGUCUUUUGUUAAACAGCUUCCAGUAACAUAGAGUUUGUAAAAAUUGCUUUUCCUAAUCCUGCUUGUUUGUCAUGACUAGCGUGCUCACGCGUGCAGGGCUGUUACAGAGGUGGGGUGGCAUAACUCCUGUGACUGGAGUGUUGGAAUGGAAGGAUGCAGGCUCUUCAGGAAGAGGAGGCACUGGAGGCGAGGAGGAGGUGUCACCUUCUGUGUCAAUGAUUGGUUGGAGUGCAUGGAGCUCCAUUUGGAGUGCAUGGAGCUCAGCCUAGGGAUGGAUGAGGAGUCCAUCAAGAACUUACGGGUCAGGAUUAAAGAGAGGGCAAACACAGGUGGCAGAGGGGAUCUGCUACAGGUUGCCCAACCAGGAAGACUGAGAGGAUGAAGCCCUCUAUAGGUAAGAGCAACCUCGUGUUCACAAGGCCUAGUCUUCAUGGGGGACUCCAUAUCUGUUGGAGAGGCAACACAGCAGGGCAUAAGCAAUUCAGGAGGUUCCUGGAAUGCAUUGAUAACUUUUCCAGAAAGCCAACUGCAUCAUGGGCUGCAUCAAAAGAGGCAUGACCAGCAGGUCAAGGGAGGUAAUUCUUCCCCUCUAUUCUGCUCUUGUGAGACCAUUUGGAGUACUGUGUCCAGCACUGUGGCCCCCAGUAUAAUAGAGGAAGUCCAAAGGAGGGCUACAAAGAUUAUUAGAAGGCUGAAGCACCUGUCCUAUGACUUCUUACAAGAGUGUGUAGUGAUAGAACAAGGAUUAGUGGAUUUAAACUCGAAGAGGCUAGGUUUAGAUUAGGUAUUGGGGAGAAAUUCUUUGCUGUGAAGGUGGUAAGGCAAUGGAAGAGGUUACCUGAUAAGCUGUGAGUGCCUCAUCCCUGAAGUGUUCAAAGCAAAGUUGGAUGGAGGUAUGAGCAACCUGGUCUAGUGGAAGGUGGCCCGUCCAUGGCAGGGAUGUUGGAACUGUAUGUUCUUUGGAGUGCCAACCCAAACCAUUCAGUGAUUCUUUGAAUACCACUUGGUGAGUACCUUUUCAUAUCAGAAUGAAAUAAGGACAGGUACCUCAGAAGGGAUGAGAGGAAACAAUUUAAAGAUCAGAAGCUUUUAAGAGACCUGAUCACACAUGGCAAAAAAUGGAAAAUCUGAUGUUUUGUACCUGGAUUUGACAAGCGUGGUGGUGAGCAGGUUAUACUCUCUUCAUGCCAGUUUCUCUGUCUCUAAAAUGAGACUAAUAAUACUUAACUAUCUCACAAAGGUGUUGUGAGUCUUAAAUAACUCAUGUUUUUGUAAAAUGCUUUGAAAAUAUGAGCUAGUGUGUGCUAAUUGGUGUUGCUGUUUUUUAAGAUGUGCUGCUAACUUCAUUAAAUAUUCAUGUUUUUUGUCUGGUGCUAGACCUUAGUUAAAGAUAACUUUUUAAAACUACACACUCCUUUCUGUAAAAUUCCUUUUGAUGAUUUUGAUUGCAUGAGAUGAGUGUGCUUCUACUGAAUGAUGAAGCUAUGCUCAACUUUUAUACGCCUCUGUAAAGAAGUUUCAGUAAAACCCUUAUCUUCCCACUGCUGUGUGUAGCGCAGUUGACCCACAUAAUUUUAGAACAUUUGGGCAGAAUCCUGGACCUGCUGUGAUUGUGGCUGAAACUCUCCCUUAUCAGAUAAUUCAAGAAAUUUUACAGGCCAGGGGUAAAAGCACUGUUUGUAGCAGGGAUUGUUUGAGAUAAGUAGGAGCCAUGGAGAGAAAUGGUACAUUAAUGCCAUCCCAGAGGAGCUGCAAUAGCAGCAUGAGGAAUCAAAGGUUCAUGAUAAAUACUACUUAUCACAGAGCUGCAAAUGAGAUAAUUUUCAUUAUAAGGUCAAUCUUUUUCCUGUACCACUGGCAAGUCUUAACAAAAAGUCUUCUAGCCAAAUGUGGUAUGUCUGUGUGCUCAUUCACACAGCUGAUUAUAAUCCCAGCACGACCUUCCUGCCUACAGCAGCAGUUUGGAUAUAACUAUUUCUCUCCAAAGCAUUUAGAGCAUGUGUUCAGAUAGUGCUAUAUCCUGUCUCCAUCUGAUCGGGAUGUUGAGAGCUCUCUGCGUGACUCAGGAACUCCUUUUCUGUCAUCAGGAGUACAAGGUGUCCAUUUCACCUCUUUGUUCUGCUUUGUUUUUAGUCCCUUUGUUCUGAUAUAGGAACUCCUGAUCAAACUCUUUAAUGGAACUGAUUGGCUGACCACAGGGUCAGGUCUUUUCUGUUUCUGAGACUAGAAAGUAAUGUGGAGACAAGAACUGGACUGCAGGUCCUGUAUUUUUAAGGAGCGAGUGGUAUCAUUGAAGAGGGUUUCUUUCAAAUCACUUGUUCAGAAAUAGAGACUAGCAAGGAGAACUUCUCAAAUAUUUUCUAAGCUAAGAUUCUUUGUUGUUUGUAAGAUAUCCUUAACAUGCAUAAUUUUAAUUCAGUCUGAAAGAAGAGGGGGAGCAAUAUAUUUAUUACGCAGAAAGAUUUGCUUUAUUUUACUAUGAUUUUAAAUUUUCUACCAGUCUAUAGAUAAAACUUCCUUGUAUGUCUCUGUUGCUAAUUGUUACAUUCUAUAAAAUUUUACUCUUUUACCAGACUUACCACUUUUGAAGUUCUUUUGUUCAUUUCUUGCAUGCUUCUUUUUCUCUUCUUUCCUUGUGUCUUACCCAGUCCUUACAGUAACACCUGGACCUCCCCCUCCAAGCUUCCCUUUCCAGUGUCUUCCCUGAUUUGUGUGUCAGAGAUCAGCUGUGGAAGAGCCCUUGCUGGGGGCAAUACUGUACUUCUAAGCAGUGGGAUGGGAUUGUGAGCUUGCUCAGGUAUGUUUGAAUAGUGGAUUCAGAUGCUGUCCUUGGCCUGGUCGUUUGGGUCAGUCAUGGCUGCAGAUCUACGUUUGUUCAAAAUUAAACCUUAAAUUUUUCUCAGCCUGAGCAUUCA